AUGAGAGCUUUCGGGUCAAUCAUACAAUUAAUCUCGCUUUUUAGCACUGUCAGCUCGGCAGGUGCACUUUGGGGCUCGCUCAGAUAUUCAACUCACCAACAGCAGCCGUUAGUCUCGGUGGGAAAUCAGCAGCACUCGGUCAUGGAUAAGCUUGUCCCAGCUUUCCUGAAGCCUCAGGGUUCAGCAUCUGGUGGCGACCUCACUACAGGGGACGACCGCCCCGUCGUAUCAGAUGUGCUGCCGAAGACCAAGGGGAUCAAUAUAUUUGCGCAGCUUACUCGAGAUUUCGACUCCAUCUCGUCUCGCCUGAAUGACGGCUCGCGCAAUAUUACCGUUCUUGCCCCGCGCAAUAGCGCGGUGCAGUCGCUUCCCCGCAAACCUUGGGAGGAUCCCGAAGAUUACGCCAAACUCGGUGAGGUCAAUGCAUAUGAAGGGAACGACGGCAAGGAGCGUGCCAGGGACAAUUUACGUCGAUUUGUUGAGAACCACAUCGUCCCUAUCAGUCCUUGGCCAGCAGAUGAAGAAGUAGAGAGCCUGGCUGGGAAGAAGCUGAAAUGGACCAAGGAGGGGGACAAGAUCAUUGUGCGCCCCCUACGAUCAGAUUUAAAGCAGAAUCAUGGACUGACGCGUGAAUCGCAGCUUCAACCGGGCAGCAUCGAAGUUGACGCAGUGGCCGAGAAAGUAGCAAAUGGAGAGGUCUGGGUGCUUAAUGGGGUCAUUGAUUCCAAGUCGGGGUAG